GUGUGACAAUGAACACCAUCCAGCAAGUCGACCAUUACACCUUGGAAAAGCUGCUGGGAAAGGGGAUGUAUGGAGAAGUUCAUCUUUGCAAAGACGAUCGCAACAAUGAAGCGAGAGUGGCCAAGCUAAUCCUCAAAGAGCACAACGGGAUCCGCGAUAAAUCUUGGGCUCAUGAGACUCUUGCACUCAAUGCAGUCGCAGGUGUCAAUGGAGUCCCACGCAUGUUUGCUACCGGGUCGACCGACUACCAUAAUUGGAUUGUUAUGGAUUUGCUCAGUGAUGACCUUGAAGUCAUUAUUUGUCGCAACGAGAACAAGAAGUUCGCUAAAGCUACUGGAUAUCAGAUCCUUUGGCAAGUAGUGAAGAUAUUGAAAGAUAUCCAUUCGAAAGGAAUUGUGCAUGGAGACAUCAAGCCAAACAACUUGAUGGUCUCGCACUCGAGCAAUAUGUUCCAACUCGUACUCGUUGAUUUCGGGUGUGCACGCCGCUUCAAAGAUGUCAACGGAAAUCGGACUCCACCAGCACCGUACCCGAGCAACUGCAUCAAAGGGCUUCACAUCCCUCCUCAUUCCGCACUAGGCAUGCCACAUAUGGAGGCAGAGGACAUCAUGCAGGUUGCCUACCUGUCAUGCCUUCUUCGGCAAUAUGCUCCGUGGAAAGAUGAUGAUGAAUUCAAGAUGACAAGAAAGAAGAUGUCGCUCGCGUUGAAUCCGGAAAAGUUUUUGGAAGAACAUCAGGAUCUUUUGCCAGUUAUCAAGCUUUUGGCUGCACAGAAGCACUACGCGGAGCCCGACUACAUUGCCAUUCUGGACCUUCUUCAACAGAUGCUCCACUCUUCGGGAGGAGGACUCGCAAACGGUUCGCUUAAUGCAACCGUCGUUGCUCGAGCCAUUCAUCUUCCAUGAUAUCCUUAUUUUCUUCUUACUUGUAUCCUAUAGUGUCUUCUUUCUGAUUUUUCCCAAUCUCUUUCAGAUCUCAGUGUUCGUUUGUCUGGUUCUCAUUAAAAUAAAUAAAGAAUGUUCGUUC